CUGGCUUAAGAUUGAGUGAUUAGCCCAGCACAGCGACUGCCCAAUGGGUGAAAAUCUUGAGAAGCUGUUGUUCCUCAUCAGCUUUUCCAGUAACGGAUCUACGCCUAACCUCUGGGCCAAAAAUGACAGGAGCAAAAGUCAAGACACCCCAGCCCACUGUCCAGGGCCUUGCACAGCAGCACGUUGGAAUCGGUGAUGUCAUAGUGAAAACCCCCUUUUAUCAGGUGUCCUGCUGUGGGCCUGUUUCUUUGACCAGCUGCUGCCACUCUAGGAGGCCCUCUCUCACAGAAUCUUCUUGUAGCCUACUGCUCUACAUCCUUCUCCAUUUGGGAACCUCAGCAAUCUGCUGCCUCCUGCUGUCUAGGACAGUGGGAGAAAGGGUCUGGGACAAAGCACAUGGGAUCCAGAUGCCCUCAGUGCUGUGUGCCCACCUGUUUGGCAACUCAGACUGUCCAGUGCUGAGUGGCUCUGGGGCUGUGUAUCGAGUGUGUGCAGGAACUGCCACUUUCCACCUGCUGCAGGCUGUGCUGUUAGUGCGCCUUCACUCCCCAACCAGCCCUCGUGCACAGCUGCAUAACAGCUUCUGGAGCUGCAAGCUGGUGUUCCUGUUAGGUCUCUGUACUGUUGCCUUCUGCAUCCCUGAUGAGCACCUCUUCCCAGCCUGGCAUUACAUCGGCAUCUGUGGAGGCUUCACAUUCAUCCUAUUACAGCUGGUGCUAAUCACAGCCUUUGCCCACUGGUGGAACAAGAAUUGGCAGAUUGGUGCAGCCCAAGACUGUAACUGGUCCCUAGCCGUGUUGCUGGCCACCCUAGGAUUCUACAGUAUGGCAGGUUUGGGGGCUGUGCUACUGUUCUACCACUAUACACACUCUGACGGCUGUCUGCUCAAUAAGAUGCUACUCAGCCUGCACCUCUGCUGCUGUGGCCUCCUCUCUGUCCUCUCCAUCACACCUUGCAUCCGCCUCAAGCACUCAAGUUCCGGCCUUCUAUAAGCUUCUAUCAUCAGCUGCUAUAUCAUGUAUCUGACCUUCUCUGCACUGUCCAGCCGUCCCCCAGAGACAAUAACCUUUCAAGGACAGAAUCACACUUUGUGCGUGCCUGCCAAGAAUAAAAUGGAACCACAAAUACCGGAUACCUCAGCAGCAGUGUUGAGUGCUGGCAUCAUGUAUGCUUGUGUGCUUUUUGCUUGCAAUGAGGCUUCCUACCUGGCUGAGUUAUUUGGACCCCUGUGGAUCAUCAAGAUUUACAAUUAUGAGUUCCAGAAACCCUCACUCUGUUUCUGCUGCCCCCAAACAGAGGAUGGGCACAGCAGCACAGCCAGGCCAGGUGACCAAGAAACCCCACCAGCUGCUCAGGUGCAAAGGCAGCAUCUUCCCUACAGCUAUUCUGCCUUCCACUUCACCUUCUUCCUUGCUUCACUCUAUGUCAUGGUUACUCUUACCAACUGGUUCAGCUAUGAGGGAGCAGAACUGGAGAAGACCUUCACUAAAGGUAGCUGGGCUACCUUCUGGGUCAAAGUUGCCUCAUGCUGGGCAUGUGUACUCCUCUAUCUGGGGUUGCUUCUGGCACCACUGUUGGCUUCCCACUCAGAAUCACCACCACCCCAGGGUACUGCCUGGUAAAAACUAGC